AAAUAUGCGAAAAUGAGCGUUACUCAGCUAAAAAAUCUGAAACACGCGAUAGCUCAGCUUCUGGAGUGGGAUGGAACGAAAACGGCGAGAAAGAAAAUCGUCGACGAGGUGGUUCUUCUCUAUCACGCUCUGGGAGCGGAGGCAUUAAGUGAGGAUAACCAGGAGAUAUAUGAUUUGUAUGAUUUAUCUGCACGUAUAUUCAACUUAGCUAAGAAAGAAAUCGAAGAAGCCAACCAACAAUUCGAAAAAGAACGAAAAAAGGGCACAAGACGAAGCGAAAAACCAGUCCCAACUCCACUUUUCGAGCUAUCAAUACAACAUUUAAAACGUUGCUGUCAGCAGGGAAUCGAUCACAAUCAGGUGCCAUGGAUAGCAUAUUGUCUGAAACUACUGGAAUUUCCAAUCACAAUCACCGAAAAAUCGAUCGAAAACGAGAUUUCCAACGUGCUCCUAUUGAGCUCCAACGCCUCACAGCUCCAUUGGGCCGAGCAUGCUCAUUUGAGCAGCUUAUGGAAAUGGAUUUGGAGCCGUGUCGAGACCGCCGAUAUUGGGGCACUCGCCAUGAGAAAUUAUAUGGAAUUGGCGGCGAACUUGCUGGAAAACGUGGAUUACGUGGUUUUCGAGAAGUCGCCUAUUGACCUGAUGGCGAAAGUGAUGGGAACACUGAAGAAAAGUGUGGAAAUGGGAAAUCCCAAAGAAUAUUGGUGUCAUUACCGAAAAUUCUCGGUCGUCCACAUUCUCUCAUAUAUCGUACAUCGUUGGGGUCUCGAAGCGAGAGAUUUCAUUCUUCGUGAGAUUUUCGAGCUCACUGGUAGUUUGUCCAACUUGAUAUCAGUGGCUCAUAAGGAUGGAGAACAGUCCAAGAAAUGCAUAAUGCGUUUGAUUGAUGAUCUCGUGAAGCUCGCCAUGAUCGAAACCGUACACGGCCACCGUACCAUGAACGAAGUGACACGUGGAAAUAUUCAAAAACUCGUGAAAACCGGAAUCCAAGAGUCUCUGAAAUCGGCGCACCGAAAUUUCUCAAGGAGUUCGACAUUUUCGAUUUCCGAAGAAUGCGUGAGAUAUCUGACGAGAUGGUUGUUGGCCGAACGAAGACUUGAACAGCCGUCUGCGGCUAUGAAUGAAUCGUUUGAAUUGACCGGUGAUAGCAGUAGUAAGAAGAAGGACGAUGCCACGUUUGAUAGCCUUAUCGAUCUCUCCUUUGGCUCGACGAUUUCCGGAAAACAUAAAUUGAACGCGUGGAAUGGUGUAAUGCAAAUCCUGAAUGAGCUCCUAAAAAGUCGACGACUCGAACUUCAAGUCACUGAAAAAAUCGUGACAAUCCUCUGGGAAAAGCGAAAAUCCUACACAACGGAGCCACUCCGUACUGUGUUCUGCUCCAUUCUCUCCACAGUCGUCUGCCAGGCCGAUGUUCGAUUCGGUCAUCGGAAAGUGCCGACAAUCGACUCGAUUCUCAAAUAUUCGCUGUCUCUAAUGCCAAAUGUCGCAUCUCUUCCCAGUGCCGCUGCGUUGACCGAAACGAUUGUCAGAUUCAGGACAGUAUCACGAGAGGGUCUCCGUAACACGUGGGAUACCGUAUCCCGAACUAGCUCCGGCUCAUUUGAAGUUGUUCGGCUGAUUUCGGCGUUGAUCUCCGUUACGGAAUUUGAUGAGAAUUCGAGAUUCGCCAACGAUGAGAGAGUUCGGAGUUGGAGUUUUCGAAAAGACAUAAUCGAAUGGGUAUUGCUGGAUCCGAAUGCACAUAGUCACAAAUUACUCUAUCAGUUGUGCCAGUAUCAUCCAACGUAUUGUUAUGAAUCAGAAGCUUCUUCUAGUGACGACUCCCUGCUUCAAACUCUGAAACUAUGUAAAUUAGCUUGCUCUCCAGCUCCCCCAUCGGCUCCAAAAGCCCUCCGACCACUCGAAGCUUCAAUUGAAGAGAUUGUGAGAUAUGUGCAUGAUAAGCUCAAGAGCAUUCUCGCGACUGAAAUCACUCUGCCUGCAUUUGUGCUCUGCCACGAAUUUGCUCUGAAGUAUCCGGAUAGAUCUUAUGAGUUUAAUAAAAUGUACAAAAAGCUCUACCAAAUCAUGGAAGAUCAAGAAGAAGACGAGUUUCUCCAAUCAGCUCGCCAUUUCUCAAAAUGGCCUCAAAAUCUGACACUACCAAUACAAAAACAGACAAUAAAUUGCAUGGCUGUCUUUUUCGAAGCGAAUCUUGACAAUCAGCUCGUCGAUCUCUGUCAGUGGAGUGACCGACGAAAAGUGCUUGUCGAGAUGCUCGCCGAGCUGGCCGCCACAAGAUCUGAAAUUCGAGAUAAACUUCAAAAAUCGAUGCCGUUCAACAAAUUCGUCAAGGAGUGUAUAAUGGAGAAUCGCGGUGAUUUGUAUGAAAUGACAAAGAGAUUUGAGAAAUAUUCGUUUUUGCUCUCGAUUCGGAAUUUAAUUGUUACUAGGAUGAUUAUAACAAACGAAGCCGCCCGACUCCUAGGAGAUGGUGAAACAAUCAGUGAAACCGAUAUCUUCAUAAUCGAAAAGCGUACUCUUUCCACGUGUAUUCGUAAUGUGUCCGAAGGAAAAGAGUUGAGCGGCUACACACUGGACCCCUAUACGGUAGCUGCCAACGUGCACAAUGUGCAUUUCGAUCACAUAAACGUCGAAAUCUAUCUGGAAUUGCUGAAAAAGUCGCCAUUUUUCGCUCAGAACAUUGUACGCCACUUGUUACGGCAGAAUGGAAAAGAAGCAGAAGAAGAGACGUGGCACUUGCAUGCCACUGUGCUGAAAAUUGUGAUGAAAGAUGAAAAGUUGCUGGCGGUAUGCGUGGCCACAAUUCCAAAUAUGGUUCGAUAUCUCAAAGUCUAUCAGAUUCAUUUCAGUCCGAAAUCCAACGCGGCGAAGUUCUUACACCUCGACAUGGAAUCGAUUUCCCACUGCCAAUCAUAUUUGCGAAAACCAACAAAAUCAUCCAAUCUGAUCACGGCCGCCAACUUUUUGACACUUUUCGGAUGUGAAAAGCGCACGUGGAAGCGCCCGAUUCUCAGAUUUUGGAGCAUUUUCAAGCAGCAACCGGCUAUGUGUUGCGAGAAAUUGCUCAUUUUUGCUGAAGAAUGUGUCGAACUUGGCCUGAACCACCGAAUCGCUUGUCUUUUACGCGCACUGACAACCAGUGAAUUCUGCCGAAAAGCUCUAUGUGAUGAAUAUCUGAAAAUCGCGUUUCAGCUGACUUAUCGAUCGAUUUUUCUGAUUUUAAGCAAAAAUGAGUGCAGACCAGAAAUUGUGGAGCUCUGCGAUGACAUGAAUCUUCGGUACGAUCUUCUCCAGCACCAGAUCAAACAUGUCGCGGCUCACCAUUUGGAGCACUUUGAGCGUUUCGAAACGAAAAUCGCAUUUUCUGUUGAGAAAUUUCUGAAAUCUGGAAUUGAUGGAAUCGAUUUUGAAGAUUUAGGAUUAGUCGAGUUUUAUAAGCAGUUGAACGAAAAUUUGACAGAAGACGCGAUCAGGAGCAAUGAGGCGAGAAACAUCUACAUCGUCGACAUUCUCUCAACAAUUUGGCUCCAGCUCCCCUCAAUUCGUCCUCAAAUUCUACCGAUUCUCGCCCGCUUCAAGCACAUUUCCCCAGCGUGGACUAAUUUCCCACAGCCGCCUCAUAUUUCGACAAACGAGAAAUCAUUUCUUCAACAUCUACGAUUUCAUCUUUAUCUAAAAAUGAUGAAUAUCUCGAAAUCCAUGACGCAAGGCGAGUAUGCCACGUGUAUUAUGAUGCUCCUGACGAGCUACGACUCGAGCCAUUUCGUUGCGGAUUUGAUAGAGAAAAAGCAGCUGGGAAAGCUGAAAUUGCAGCAGAGAAGGAAUGUUUUGUGCAUUUUGAGCCGACUUUUGAAAGAUCAAGCUGUGAUGGGUGAUGAAGAUGAGACGAUUAUCGAUCCGAUUCUUUUUAAGGCAAUCACCAAAGCUUCCGCCGUUUUUGAAGACACCGCCGCGUGCAUCGUACCAUUUUUGUUCAAAAUUUGUGUGGAUUUCAAGGGAAAAUACGAUAAAUGUGUGAUAAAUUUGCUGGGAUGUCUUAAGGGAGUUAAUGCAGAAGACGAAAUAGUAGUCCGCUGCCUUGCCGAAUGCGUCGACUCCAUUGGACUCAACGUGAUUGCUCGUUACGAACGCCUGAACAUUGAGACUCAUUCGGAAUUCGGUGUGAAAUGGUUCUUCAAAUUAUCCCGUCUCUUUCUGAAACAUGGAUUUACUACGCAUUCCUUCGCGAUUGCGAAUAUAUUAUUUGACCGACUUUCGGCGAGAAAACGAAAUACAAUGAUGAUAGAUCGUACGAGUUUAGACCGAAUUGACAGAUCACAGGAACUUAUCAAUCUUUUGGUGGAGAUCUAUGUGGCCGAGGGUAACUCGGUAGCGUUGUCCUCUCUGCCACCUGCGGUACAAAAUAGACCGGAUGUUCGGCAGGUUAUGAAUAAGAGUUCAAAGGAAUGGUUGAAAUUGCUGUCUUCGAAUCAAAUGGACUCGUGGGAGUUGACUAUUGUGCAGUGGAUGUGUGGCAUCCAAUUCAAUGCAAUCACCGGCGAUAAAUACCUGAAUUCAAUUCUUCGUUGCAAUUUCAACGAGUACACCAAAAAAAUCGAUUCCCCAUUAAAAUUCGUCUAUUUUCAACUAUUCCAUCUUUCGACGAGCACUCUGGAAAUCGAAGAAGCCAUUUCUAGCAUGCCGUUGGCUCCAACAAUCGAUCAAAUGCGGCUUAUGAUUAUAGCCAACGCGACGGCAAGCUUCGAGCCACAAUCCGUUGAAGAGCACGUUGUUCGAGCUGUUCGAGAGCUCCGAGAGACGUCAAAUCGGCGAAAAUCCGGUGGAAAUGUGAAGGGAAUUAAUGAAAAAACAACGAGAAUGGUGAAACUGGCCGAGAUGCUCACCGAGAAUAAAGCAUACGAUGCGGCAAUAAACCUGCUCGACACGUGGGAGCACGAGUGUCUCCAAUGGACAUCUGUCGCUGCCGAAUCAAUCGAUAUCGAUUUAAUUCGAAUCUGCAAACAACACGUGACGUGUCGGUCGGGAGAUCCAAGAAUGGCGGACAUAAAUCUACGAACAAUGCAUCCACGUGUCCCGGUGAUGAGUGACCUGGCGAUUGCCGAAUGGUCACUCGCGUUGAGCAAGAUUACAAUUGAAUAUCGGAAUGAUAUGGAAGAGGGUAUUCGGAUUUUGGAAUUUGGAUGCAAACAUUUACAGAAUAAGGAUUCUGUAGAGACGAGGUUAAAGGUUCUCCUAAAACUCCAUUCCGUCUGUAUUGGCCAACUGUCGAAACUCGAAGAAUAUCGCGAAACGCGUACCUACCGUAUGAAGCAGCAGGCGGUCACCGCAUUCGAACAACAAAUUCAAAAUUCGUGUCGAACCAGUCUGGCACGUGGCAAUUCGGGUGACGAAUGGACGAAAAAAACGGUGCAACGGGUGAGAAAAGAGCAUCAGUUUGAGAAGAAUGAUUUGGAAAAAGUGGAUAAUUCGUUGAAUUCGGCGGCCCGGAAAGCUGUAUCGUCGGGUUUUGAUGCACUUUUAUGCAUCAGCCAACUGGAAGACGACGACGAAGCGAUCCGCGCUUCAUCUCUCAUAAUAUUUCCAUUAAUCGAUGUGAUCUACAAAUACGAAACGGACGUCGGAGUGAUCGCCUUGCUCAAAGAGCACACCAAAUCGAAGCUCCCGUCGAAGCUGUGGAUAAGUGCCACCUCACACAUUGCCUCUAAGUGCUUCUCCAUCGAAAAAUCGCAAAUCACGAGACACUUAUCACAGAUUCUGUGUCAUCUCAUCUAUGACUACCCGUAUCACGUUUUGCACACAAUUUUGAUGUAUGAUGACGAGAAGAACGCUUCCAAGGUGAAAGGCUUCUUGAAAACGAUAUUUGACGCGCGAGCUGACCAACGGGAUUCGUCGAAGCUUAAGGAGAUUGUGAUUACUAUUCGUGAGGCUCACCAGGCUUAUAGAGAAAUUGCAAUGCUUGACGUGAGAGGAAACGUUCGGAUACAACGUGUUGAAAUAAACGGAAAAACGAUGUACCGAUGGCCACAUGAUUUGAAGAUUUUCAAGUGCAAAUUGCGUCAAUUGCCGAUUCCCACCAUUUCGCAAAAGAUUGGUUGCCCGGGUGACUACUCGACGACUGACCUAAUCACGUGGAAACGAUGGAAAGAUGUAUUCACAAUUGCCGACGGAAUUUCCACUCCAAAAAUCUGGGAAAUUGAGGGUAGCGAUGGAAAAUGGUAUAAAACUGUGUGGAAGAAGGACGACGUACGACAGGAUGUGCUUGUUGAGCAAAUGUUUGAUGUUACGAAUAAUAUGUUGGAGAAGGCGAUGCUUCGGACGUAUAAUGUUGUCCCGUUAGACACUGAAUGUGGAGUUAUAGAGUUUUGUGGUGGAACUGUUAGCUUAAAAGAAGUUAUGUGUGGUGUGACACGAGAAGGCGGUCUCCACCGGGAGUUCAAUUCAGAAGAAGUUUCGGCGAGUAAAGUGUCGUCAAUGAUGAGACAAGUACAGACAGAGUCCACAGAGACACGACGACAAGUUUUUGUGGAGAUUUGUCAGCAGUAUUCUCCAGUUUUUAGACACUUCUUCUACACCAACUUUUCGACGGCGCAGAUUUGGCGGCAAAAAAUCAUAAAUUACAGGCAGAGCUUGGCCACGUGGAGUAUUGUGUGCUACAUCGUUGGCCUCGGCGAUCGACACGCGUCGAAUAUUCUAUUCGAUCAGAAAUUGUGCACAUUUGUGCAUAUCGAUUUGGGAAUGAUUUUGGAGUAUAGUAAACGAACGUUGCCAGUUCCCGAACAAGUUCCAUUCCGUAUAACUCGAGAUGUGCUCGACCCGAUUCUGAUUGAAGGAAUCGAGAAUGGACAGUUGGCUGAGGAAUGUACGCAGAUUAUGGAGAAAUUGAAGGAAAAUGGAAAGGUAAUCCUCGGUGUCGCCUCUGCUCUACUCCGCGAAACGAUGACAAAUUUCCGAGAAGCCGAACAGGCUGCCGGCCGCCCGUCCUACAUUUCUGAAAUGGCCAUCGGACGGCUUCGAGAAAAGCUACGGGGCACCGAUGACGGUGUGACGGCCCAAUCGUCGAAUCUUCAAAUUCGGCGACUUUUACGAGAAGCUACGAGUGCUGACAAUUUAUCGCGAAUGUUCUGCGGAUGGAUGCCGUUUUUGUAGAGAAAUCAGAGAAAAUUUUUCUCGAAAAUUAAAAUUUUUACUGUAUUAUUGUUUUCUCGUAUCAAUUUUUCAGAAUUUGCUUUGUUAUUUUAUUUUACGCGCAAAAUAAUCUUUCUAAUUUAGAAAUUUUAAAAUUAUGGAAACUUUCUGAAAUUUCUGCAAAAUUCUAGAAAAUCAAAAAAUUUAGUUUUCCAUCCUAAUUUUUUUUUUCGUUGAUUUUCCCCAGAAAAUUCAAACUUUUACUGUAUUAUUAUUUUUUCAUAUCAUGUAAUGUUUUUUGUUCAACAUUUACAUGUUUUUCCUACCUCUUCUAUGAUUUCCCCUUCCCCCAGGUCUCAUUUUUCUUCACAAUUUUUAAAAUUGAUUCACUGUUGAAUGUGUUGUCUUUUUUCUAUGCGAAUUUUAUUAAUUUUAUGAAAAAAAUUUGUAAUA